AUGGACGUGCAAAACAAGCCAAACGGCGAGGUGGCCAUGGGCGAUAUGGAGUACGACGGACGACUGAUCUUUUACAUCAUCAAGGCGGACGAGACCUCGUACAUCAACUACAUCAAGCCGUUGAUCCUGGCCCGCGAGCUGCAGUUCCCCCACGUGCUGUCGUGUAUCGACACGCACGAUGCCUGGUACUAUUCGGUGCACCCGGAACGCUACGUCCCGGCUCUGAAAGACCAGAACCCCGAGACGGGGGAGAAGGUCGUCGUGUUCGAGGGCACCGCGUGCCUGCAGUACAUCGUGGAUCGCUUUGACACAGAAGGACUCUGGGGUGGCCGAACCGCCUUUGAGAAAGGCUGCGUCCUGUCUUGGACCGCCUACCAAACUGCCGGCAUUUGGGUGAGGAGGCCUUUCAUAUUCUCGACAGCGUUUUGUGACGAUGCCGCUUGGCGGGCCAUUUCACCACCGACUAACCUGGACUGCCUGCGCUACGACAGGGCGACGGCCAAGUACUGGCUCUAUUUCCUCCGGGGCUACUCAACGCGCAAGGAGCCCGUUCAGCUCCCUCGCACCAUUGAAAAACUCCACAGCAACGUCCUCAAGCAGUGGGACGUGAUGGAGAAGCGGCUGGCGGAGCCCGGGCAGGACUACUUCCUCGGCGUCGACAUCAAGGACUGGCCGCACAUCCAGGCCUGGAGUCAGCGGAUGCUCGACCGGCCGGCGGUGAAGGAGGUCAUGGCUGUGGCGCCCAAGUACGGCCACACGUAG